AUGGACAACUUGCCGGAGGAGAUUGGGCUCCACAUCUUGUCUUUCCUCACGCCCAAAGAGGUGGUCUCCUCGGCCGUGGUCAGCCAACGAUGGCGGCAGCUUAGUGCUGACAACCACGGGCACGAUCUGGACUGGCGUGGUCAAUUCCAGCAAUCAAGGCAAACGGAGGCCAACUGGGAGAGUGGCACCUUCAGGCAUUCGGCCUUUCAUCCCUACGGAUUCACGGCCUACAAGAAGACCGUAGGCGGCAUGCUCUUCCAAUCGGACGAGGACAGGCUGGUGGCGGGCCAUUUCAACACAGGCGACGUGGUCGUCUUUGAGAACCCGACCGAGGCGUGCCCCAGGCCCAAGCAACUGCACCUCCUUGAGUACGAGGAUCGGUACCAACCCCUGCCGUUCCCCCAACCUCAACCCCACUUUGCCUGCGGACACACGGACGGGGUGGUCAACGUGUGGAAUCUGGCGGGUGGCGAACACGUAGUCGCCCUCAUUCGCAGCUUCGAGUGGGUCGAGUCACUCCAGUUCAACAGAGCUGCCAAGCAACUGGCGGUCGGCUACAGCACGGGCAAGAUCGGACUGUGGGACAUCGAGCAAGCCAGCGUCGUGGGCCUGCUCAAGGGCCACAAAGCGAAUGUGAUGUGCAUGCAGCUCUCGCCUGACGGCCGUGUGGCGUUUACCGGUUCCCUCGACUCCAGCAUUCGCAUCUGGUACACACGAAAGGGCGGGGACAUGCGUACCGCGGCGACUGUGAGCUGCAUCAAGGGCGAGCGUGUCGUCAAGUGCCUGAGCGUGGACUUCGACUCCCACCGGUUGGUCCACAAUCGAGGCGACCAGGGCUUGUCACUGCUCGACAUACGAAUGACCCUGUCCAGCGCCGGCCCCGAGGGUGGCGACACCCUAGUCCACGCCCCACCCGUCGUAACGUCGUGGAAGGCACACAGCGGCGCCGUCCUCCGUGUGCAAAUGCAAGGCGACCGCAUCGUCACCGGCGCGCGCGACAAGACUGCUAAAGUGUGGGAUCUGCGUUCGCCGGCCGAGCCGAGGGCGGUCCUCACGCUACCACACGAGGAUUGGGUGACCAGCCUCCAGUUCGACGAGGAGACGCUCAGGUGUGCCUGGGGCGCCGACAUCUCGACCUACUUCUUUCGCUCUGCCGAGGCGUGA